ACAUGAUCACCUGCUCCCCAUCUCUUUACUUACCUGCCUUCAUCUUGAGCAAUUUACUGUGAUCAAGAGUUUUGUCUAUUGAAGACAUCGGAUCAUGUUUGGCGCUUGGGCUGCUACGCUGAGCGCGCCUUCGGUGGGCACCGAGCCCGACAAGGAACGUCAGCCCCCAUCUGCUGCGACGCCGCUUGAUUUCCCUGUAUACAACCUCUUGGAUGCCACCGAAAAUGAAGCCGAAUGCACCUUGGAUGACCUAUAUCACGAUCUAGCCUCGAUCAAAAGGCCCCAGGAUAUCUCCGCAGAAAGAUUCAGGUCUCUUAAUCUCAAAGUGGAAUCGGAUAUUCCUGCUUCGCAUAUCGUUCCAGAGGCCUGCCAGGGUUCAUCUCCGCCGUUGCCGUGGGAAAAUGCUCCUCCCAGGGAUCCUGCAGAUGAGCCGAUUCUGAUGGAAAACCAAAACCCAUAUCCAUCAAAUGAGAGGUUUGAGGUUGUGAAAAAUGAACUGUUGUUGGACAAUGAUGAUGCGUUUCGAGAGGUUGGGAGGUUGGCCCCUCGCGAGGGUCGUCAACGGGUUCGAGUGACCCAAACGAGAAAAUUCUGGACAGGACUGGAACGAAUGGCGCAGUAUUGGGACACUAGCCUGGAUAAUUACUACGAACGCCCUGCCACACCACGACAAACGCCAGAUGAGGAAACGGGGGACAAGAUGCAGGUAGAUGACCAAAUCCAGGCUUCCAAAGGAGCUGAGAAAUCAGACACGUCCAUGGAGGUUGACAAUCCUCCAGCCACACAAGCCGCUGGUGACAAACCUCAGCCCGAGGAAGAAUCAGGACGGCCAUCAGUUGCUGUGUAUACUGGACGCCGUCACGGCACCGGUAGCGAAAUGCCAGAGGAUGCCCGUGACGAAACUAUCCGGGCAUUUGCCGAAAUGGCUGCCUGGCCUUUUGGGUGCCAGGUCACAGUUCCAAUGAUUCCCCCGAGACUGACCGUCAAGUCCAUGCUGUUCCCCGUUCGACAUUCCUUUUUCUCCGCUCGAUCCCCCAAGGACCGACAGCUGGCUCGAAGUGGCAUCAUGGAAGGACCUAUUUUAGUUGCACAAUGUCGGACUGAGACAUCAUUCCGCGGACCAGAGGAAGCCCCUGGCUCAGGGAUAGGAGAGAUUAGCGAUAUCUACCGUGAAGUUGGCGGUAUGCUUCUGGCAGCACAAGAACGAGCACGAGAGGGCUCGACUGAAGUCAGACCGGGUGAGGGCCAGUGGUGGACGACGACACCUCGAUGGGGUGGUGCACCAAACGAUGGAAUGGAGGAAGAGACCAGCAAUGAGGAGGACAAACCUACGGCGGAGACUAUGAAGGCGCGCAAACGCUCCAAAUUCGACCAUCCCUUUACGGCAUCGCGUCGACCGGGGGCUCCUCGGAAACUGACAAACAAUGAAAAGUGGAAGCUUGUCCAACCCGGACCCAGUCUGUGGGAUAGGAGAAUGCGAUAUAUUCAGCUUGGGAAGAACCGGGAGAGUGCAUUUGACGAUAUAUAUAUGCUGUCAUCUAUCAACCACCACCUUGCGAUUCUGCAUUUACGAGUCCACCGUCGAUAUCUUGAUAUAGUUACUACAGGGAGUAGCGACUUCCCGGCAGUGUCCGACGUACCAGACCAGCCAUGGCAUGUAUUGAAGUUGCGCCGGACACGAUGGUAUAAUCUGUUUGAUGUGAAAGACCGUAUUGAAGCAUUCGAAGGUGUCUGGGGAAUAUUCCAUCACUCCGUGCGAAAGCCUUGAACGUGAUAUUAUUCGAUAGUUACACGUAUAUACCUAAUCCUUGGAUAUAUUAAGAUAAUCACCUUGAUUGGAUGGAUAGAAUAGCAGGUAACCAUUAACCAAGAACAA